GAACUCGCUACUUGUCGCUUGCUCCCUUCCCAGCUCCCCAUCCCCUGCCAUUGGAAGCUCCCACCGUUCAGGGAUCGCCUGGCGAGCAACGCAAAUCACCCUCAAGCAACCAUGCCAGCGCUGCUCCUAAACACCGUCUCGGUCUCCCCCGCCAACCCAAGGCUGCCGUUCACCACCACACGGCGAGCUAGCAGUCGCCACAGGUGCCGAGCCGACGCAUCCGGCAGCAACACCAACGGUGGCAACGAAGGCUACCGGCCGGGGAGCGUCCGCGGGUCGUGGGUGUCGGACUACGACCUGUACGAGCUGCUGGGCGUGGAGCCUUCAUCGCCCCAGUCGGAGAUCAAGGCGGCCUACCGAACGCUGCAGAAGCGGUGCCACCCGGACGUGGCCGGCGCCGCCGAGGGCCACGACAUGGCCAUCGUCCUCAACGAGGUCUACGCGCUGCUCUCCGACCCGGCCUCGCGCCUCGCCUACGACCAGGAGCAGGCACGGCGGUCCGAGUUCGCCGGGUACACUGGGCGGCCGCUCUACUCGUCGUGGCUCGGCGGGGAGGCCGAGCGGCGGGCGGUGUUCGUGGACGAGGUGCGCUGCGUCGGGUGCCUCAAGUGCGCGCUCCACGCCAGCAGGACGUUCGCCAUCGAGUCCGUCUACGGCCGCGCGCGCGUCGUGGCGCAGUGGGCCGACGGCGAGGACAAGAUCCUCGACGCCAUCCAGACGUGCCCCGUCGACUGCAUCUCGAUGGUUGAGAGGUCGGACCUGGCGGCUCUCGAGUUCUUGAUGUCCAAGCAGCCGCGCGGCAGAGUCCGCGUCUCCGAAGGCAACGCCGCGGGAGCUCGCGCACCCGACAUCUUCGCCGAGGUCAACAAGUUCCAGAAAAGAUUCCAGGAGAUGAAGCAGAAAUCUGCAACAAGAGAAUCCCAGGAGUCAGAGACAGUACGGCAGUCAAGAACAUCAGCAGUUCACGCCGUCAGGUCCAUGUCAAACUGGUGGUACUGGCGGCCAUUCGGAGCUCCGGCGUUGGCCCCGGCCGUCACCGUCCUCGCUUCUCGCCUCCUGCCGCCGCCGCCGACGACUUCUCGAACCGCUGACCCCGUGACGGACAGGCUCCAAGAAGCUGCCGCCGCCCGGCGCAAAGCAGAAGGCGCAACUGCCGCAACAGCGGUGCACACCCGUCGCGAUGACUACUGGACUCCGCAGCUGAACCUGCCGUCUUCAGCUUCUCCACCGAGCAUUCACCAGAGGGGAAUUGCCGCUCCCCAAGGCCUCAACGGCAGGCGAAGAGCGCGCGGUAUAGCUAUCGCUGGCGCCGGGAGGGAGAGUAUAAGCAUCGACCUGACGGCGCCGUUGUUGCUGGGGAUCAUCUCGGCUGGGAUUGUGGGUUACAACGGCGAGGAGAUGACCGGAGGCGGCUCCAUUCAAGAGCAUGUUGGCGGCGCUGUUGCUCUCGGAGUCGUGAACAGCUUCGAACUGAAGGUCAUGUUGGCCGGGCUAACUUGGUUCAUCAUCGGCGCGGCCAUUGCUGGCUUGAUUCAAGUUCUUGGAAGAAAGGAAGAGAACAUCUGGAAAUGAAGGUGCAUGUGGAAUUGGUGUAUAUAUAGGAUAGUCUAAAGAUGAAAAUUUGAGUAUAUAGAAUCGUCAGCCGAUGCAAUCGGCAGUUGACAAUUCUAUAUAUGAGUAUAUAUGAACAAAAACUUUG